AAGAAGGCUGGGUUUGAUUGGUCGAGCUGUGGAAGAGUCGAAUAAAUAUUGCACCAGUACAGAGAGAGGAUUCUACACAGAAAAAACAUGCUGCUGAAUCCGGUCAUUUCAAAGCUCGCUGGGAAAAGGGUCGUUUUGGCAAGCGCGUCUCCUCGAAGACAAGAUAUUCUCACUAAUGUGGGGCUCCGAUUUGAAGUGGUCCCAUCUUGGUUCAAAGAAACCUUAGAUAAGUCGGUGUUCUCUGCACCAUAUGAAUAUGCACUGGAAACAGCCAAACAGAAGGCACUUGAGGUGGCCAGAAGAAUGCACAUGAAGCAUCUUAAAACUCCUGAUAUUGUCAUUGGAGCUGACACUAUUGUGACUCUAGAAGAGGCAAUCCUUGAAAAGCCAGUUGAUAAACAAGAUGCAUAUAAUAUGCUUUCAAGGUUAAGUGGCAAAGAGCACAGUGUUUUUACAGGCGUUUCAAUUGUUCUUUGCAACAGACAAAAAGACAAUCAACUGGAGAUGGAUGUUUUUGAUUUUUAUGAAGAAACUAAAGUUAAAUUUGCUGAUUUAUCAGAGGACCUUCUGUGGGAGUAUGUUCACAGUGGGGAGCCUAUGGACAAAGCUGGUGGUUAUGGGAUCCAGUCUCUUGGAGGAAUGCUAGUAGAAAGCGUGCACGGGGAUUUCCUAAACGUUGUGGGGUUUCCCUUGAAUCACUUCUGCAAGAAAUUAGCCGAGAUCUACUACCCCCCAUCAAAACAAACCAUUAAUCGGAUCAAGCACGAUUCUAUCCCCUAUGUAGAGACCUUUGAAAACCUAAGUGACGUGGAGAAAGACUGCUGCGUCAAGAGGGAAGCACCUGAUGUGAAGAAAGGAUCCCAAGAGAAAUGUAAUUAUGCCUUGAGAAAUAAAUCAUCAAAUGUAACUGUGCCAGAUACAGCAGCACUUCAAAAUGGAAUCCCUGAAACCAACCAUUUACAGCUUCCAGCAAAUAUCAUCCACCUUCUGGAUGGAUUUAAAGCAUCUAAGACAUUGUUUGCUGCCUGUAAACUGAAGGUCUUCGAUGAGCUGAAAGAGAAACGUGACUUGAAGGCUGAAGAUAUCUCAGAAAAGAUUAAUGCUUCUUUACGUGGAACAGAGAAGCUUCUUGAUGCCUGUGUUGCCCUUGGCCUCUUGGAGAAAACUCAUCAAGUAUAUAGCAACACAGAAGCAGCGAACACAUUUCUAGUUAGUGAUGGUGAAUUCUCCAUACAUGAAUACAUUAUGCACACCAAUGACAAUUUGUGGCCGCUGUUCACAAAUCUGGAACUUGCAGUCAAAGAGGGAACCUGUCAAAAGCAGAGGGUCAUCGAGAAACACUCACACAGCCUAGUGCAGGAUACUCAUCUCUGCAAUCAAGACAGGAAAAAAAGCUUUAUGACUGCCAUGCAUGGCAUGAUGAAAAUAACUGCCAAGGAUAUCGCAACUGCAUUUGAUCUUUCCGAAUACUCUUCUGCUUGUGAUUUAGGAGGCUGCACCGGCUCACUUGCUCAUGACUUGGUUCAGAUAUACCCUAAUAUGAAAGUAAACGUCUUUGACUUGCCUGGGGUUAUUGAAAAUGUUUGCCACUUUCAGCCCGAACAUUUUGAUCCAUCUCGCAUAACGUUUACAUCAGGUAACUUCUUGGAAGACCAACUCCCUGAAGCUGACCUCUAUAUUCUUUCACGAGUAGUACAUGAUUUGCCAGAUGAAAAACUGGACCAUCUUCUACAAAAGAUAUCAAAUGCCUGUUAUCCAGGUAAAAGUGCCUUAUUACUUGCUGAAAUUGUACUCGAUGAAGAGAAAAGGGAACCGAGAGCGUUGCUGCAGUCUCUCAGCAUGAGUGAAGGAAAGCAAAGAAGUGGCUCAGAAUACAGAAGUCUCCUGCAGAACUAUGGUUUUACUAGUGUGGUCUUCAGGAAAACGGGCAACCUCUUAGAUGCAGUUUUGGCAGUUAAAAGUUAACACUGGCUAGGCAAAAUUGUGUUAGUCUAGUAGUUUAUUGAAUGACUUGUUAAGUUUGAGAGCAUAUAUAAUUAUAAUUGCAAUUUUUGUAUUUCAACUGAUUUUGCAUUUUAAACAAGUUGAAGAGGAAGUACAGGUAUGGGAUCAGUUAUCCGGACACCCGUUAUCCAGAAAGUUCUGAAUUACAGGAAGGCCACCUUACACUUCAAUCAAGUAAUUCAAAUGUUUUCCCUUUCUCUCUGUAUUAAUAAAACAGUACCCUGUUCCAUAUUAAGAUAUAAUUACUCUUUAUUGGGUUAAUUUUGUAUUGGGUUUAUUUUAUGUUUAAAUAUUUUUUUAGUAGACUUAAGGUAUGGAGAUCCAAAUUACAGUAAAAUCCCUGAUCUGGAAAACCAAAAACAAGCCCCAUACCUGUAUACAGGGGCUAUUUUGCAGCCAGUAGAGUUUGAGUACAAAGGUUAUGUUUCUUCUGUGGAUAUCUGAAUUGCAGGGUAUGAGGGUGGAGCUGCAAUUUUGCACCGGUGAGUUGUCAUAAAUUAUUGUUCAAUAUCACUGUGUCAUUGUAACAAAACAAAAAUAAAUCUAUUUUUCCAAAAUGUA